AUGUCCUCUACCAAGACCCCCGUCCUCACCGAUAAGGCUCCCAAGCCCCUGCCGGGCAUUUACAGCCAGGCCAUCAUCGCCAAUGGCAUGGUCUUCUGCUCCGGCGCCGUGCCAAUGGACCCUGUGUCUAUGAAGAUCAUUGACGGUGACAUCCAGGCGCACACCCACCAAUGCAUCAAGAACCUUACAGCGAUCCUGGAGGGUGCCGGUACCACCAUUGACAAGGUUGUCAAGGUGAACGUCUUCCUGGCCAACAUGGACGACUUUGCGGCCAUGAACGAGGUCUACUGCACAUACUGGGGCGAUAUCAAGCCUUCUAGAACUUGUGUGGCGGUCAAGACUCUGCCUCUCAACGUUGAUGUUGAGAUUGAGUGCAUCGCUGUGUUGUAA